GGCUUGGACGGGCACAGCCGAGUGGCCCUUCGCCGGGACUGCGCUUCUGUCCCUCUUCCGGAUUCUCUCUAAAUGUGAUCUCGCUAAAUCCCUUUCGCGCAGUCCGCAGCCAGCGCAGAACUGGACUCUCCGGAGCUCGUGGGCGGGCGGCUUGGGGAGGGGGGUUGUGUCAGGCGCUGCUUCAUUCGCAAAUGCCUCCCCGUCUCCAUCUGCAAUCCAGGGGCAAGGAACGUUACUUCUGUUCGACUCCCCCUCCUACUCCGGAGUAGGCUUUCGCGCUGAUCCCCGCGGGCUCUCUGGGCGAGAGGGGGGCGCGCGGGGUCCCCUCUUCCCCAGGAAGGCUGCGGUUGAAUUCGCCGCGCAACCGCCUGGACACCUGUGGCCGCUUUCCUUCCCCUUUUGGGGGUGGGGUUGCCCGCUCUGCCCACCCUCGGCUUCCUCCUGCCUUUGGCUUCCCCCUCGCCUGCUGCGCCCGCUCCUUUCCGCCAGCGGAUCGCAAGACUAUCAACCGAAUCCAUUCGGCCCGGGGGCGCCUCCCGUUCGCCCCCAUUGAUAGGCUCCUGGCUUAAGCCCCGCCCCCCUUCGCGCACGCUGUGUUGUAGACUCCUGUUCUCCAGCAAGAAACAUGGAACAAGUGAACUGACGUGAACUCCCAUUCUGCAAUGGGUUGUGUGCAAUGCAAGAAAAAGAAGGCCAACCAAGCUCAGAGGAACAGCAACGAUGGAACCAUUAACCCACCGCCCAACUCCUGCUACGAUCCUGACUCCUCAAAGCAGACCCCUCCCAACUUCGCCCGCAUCCCAGACUUCAACAACUUCCCAGGGACACCGGGGCCUGUGACUCCAGCUAGUCCUGGGGGUUCCGGGCUCUACCCAACACCCUCCAUUCACAUGCCAGCCAUGGGGAUCACAGGUGGAGGAGUGACCCUUUUUAUUGCCUUGUAUGAUUAUGAAGCCAGAACAGAAGAUGACCUGACAUUCAUCAAGGGAGAGAAAUUCCACAUCAUCAACAACACAGAGGGUGACUGGUGGGAGGCACGCUCCCUGACUACGGGAGCCACCGGCUACAUCCCCAGCAAUUAUGUGGCUCCUGUGGACUCCAUCCAAGCAGAAGAGUGGUACUUUGGGAAGAUUGGCCGGAAGGAUGCUGAGAGGCAGCUGUUGUGCCAUGGCAACCCCCGGGGGACCUUUCUCAUCCGCGAGAGUGAAACCACCAAAGGUGCCUACUCAUUGUCUAUCCGGGAUUGGGAUGAGAUGAAGGGAGACCAUGUCAAGCAUUACAAGAUCCGGAAGCUGGACAGUGGUGGCUAUUACAUCACCACCCGGACCCAGUUUGACACCGUGCAACAGUUGGUGCAGCAUUACAGAGAGAGAGCUGCAGGAUUGUGCUGCCGCCUGGCCGUGCCAUGCCCUAAGGGGAUGCCCAAACUGGCAGACCUGUCCGUCAAAACCAAAGACGUUUGGGAGAUUCCUCGCGAAUCGCUGCAGCUCAUCAAGAAACUGGGCAAUGGGCAAUUCGGGGAAGUGUGGAUGGGCACUUGGAAUGGUACCACCAAAGUUGCGGUGAAGACGCUGAAACCUGGAACCAUGUCUCCAGAAGCUUUCCUGGAAGAAGCCCAGAUCAUGAAGCGCUUACGGCACGACAAACUGGUGCAGCUGUAUGCUGUGGUGUCGGAAGAGCCCAUUUACAUUGUUACUGAGUUCAUGAGCCAAGGUAGUUUGCUAGAUUUUUUGAAAGAUGGGGAUGGCCGUUUCUUGAAGUUGCCUCAACUGGUGGACAUGGCCGCACAGAUUGCAGCUGGAAUGGCUUACAUUGAGCGAAUGAAUUACAUCCACCGGGAUCUGCGUGCUGCCAACAUCCUUGUGGGCGACAACCUUGUGUGCAAAAUUGCUGACUUCGGCUUGGCCCGCCUCAUUGAAGACAAUGAAUACACAGCUCGCCAAGGUGCCAAAUUUCCCAUCAAAUGGACAGCUCCGGAAGCCGCUCUCUAUGGCAAGUUCACCAUCAAGUCAGAUGUGUGGUCCUUCGGCAUCCUCCUGACAGAGCUUGUGACCAAGGGCCGAGUACCUUACCCAGGCAUGAACAACCGGGAGGUGCUGGAGCAAGUGGAGCGGGGAUACCGCAUGCCCUGUCCUGGGAAUUGCCCCCCGUUGUUGCACGAUCUGAUGGUGCAGUGCUGGAGGAAGGAGCCUGAGGAGCGCCCCACUUUUGAAUACCUCCAAUCAUUUCUAGAAGACUACUUCACUGCUACAGAGCCUCAGUAUCAGCCAGGAGACAAUCAACUGUAACUGAUAGAUGGUGACAACCACGGAGAGCUCACCCCAUGGGGACCUCUCUCAAGCGUGGUGUGAAACUGGUGUGAAACACACUGCGGAAAUCUCUUCCCUAACCAGGGCCAGGAGCCAAGGGUCCCACCUUGUAGAACUGGGCUUAAGACUCCUUUCUUUUUCAUUUUAAUUUUAUUCCCUUUGGGGGGGUGGCAUUGCUUUUUUAUCAUUGUGGUUCUGUGUUUUAAAUUUUGACUCAUCCCAAAUAGAUGCCAGGCCAGUUUUUGGAGCUUAAAAAAAAAUGGAGAUGAGGAGGAGUGAGGGUGUAGAUGGCAGGAGGAGAGGUUUUGUUUGUUUAAUAGUGCAUCCUCUCUUAAUUAAGUUACUUCUGUAUUAACUGGAGCACCUUUGGCCCUGGGGUGCUCUGAAGGGGCUUUGUACUUCAGCCCCAUUGGUGCCAGCCCGCAACAAGGGACUGGGGGAAUUGUAGCCCCAAAUGCUUGAAUGCACCUUUCCCCUAACCCUGCUGCAGCCUACAAGGAUAAGGAUAGGAAGGCUACAGGGCCAUAGGAUAAAGAUAUUUGCACGGUGAAGCUACCUAGCCAUCCUGCAACCAGUCUUCUGCAAUAUAAUGUGACUGCAUCUCUCAGAAUUCACCGGCUUGCAAGGGCUAUACUGGCUGGGAAUUCUGAGAGUUGUAGUCUCAUGGCAUCAGAUAUGGGACAUUGCUCUGGAAUCCCAAUUGUCUUGAUGCCGUUGGCCAAAUAAUCUUAGCGUGAUAAGCAUGUUUAAGUCCUGUAAGAUUUGGAGUCUUGAUACUCUGUUCCUUCCCUACAACAUUCUGGGACAUUCCCAUCAUACGGACAGCGGACACAAUAUUUCUUCUCCUUCCUCAUUAGUUUUCAUGCUCUGAAUUCAUGACUUGGUACUAUCUGGAUAUCAUGUUUGAAACCAAUGAGUGACAACUGUAAUAUGAGAAUGAAUGUAGGCAGAAUCCAUUAUAGGUCGAUCAGUCAAUCUCAGCCUUUUUCUUGAGAGGGUCAGCUUGACUCUGGAAUGAUACAUUGGGGUCUGCACUUCAAGAAGGAGAUGGGUCAGGACACAGCUCUAAUUCACCGGUGCAUAAGGGAAGCAGACAGCAUUGUCUGGGACAAGCAAGGGGAAGGUGUGUGCCAAAAUGCCUUUGGAGCUUGUUUACAGAAGGAGCGAGUGUCUGAACUGAUUACUGUGGAACUGUGAAGUGUCUGUUCCAUAGCCACAUGGUGCCUUCUGACAAUAAGAUGACGCACCUUGCCAGAGAGGGGCUUGUGCACCAUCCCUUGAAAAUUAAUGAUUUUUGCUUGUCAACUGGAAGCUGUUCCAGAUGUUGCUUACCAGAUGUGCUGGGACUGCAGUCUGCAAAAUUCCUAGCCAGCAAUUUCAGUCUUAGCACAUUUGGAGGAAACAAAUUAAAAGAGGCUGCCUUACCUGAUAUCCAUAUCCCAAUUAUCACCCACUAAUUUUUCUCCCUCUGCACAAGAAUCCUCUAAUCUUGAAUCCUAUCAGGCAUGUUGAGAAAUCCACCACCAUAAUUUUUGGAGGAAAGCUAUGACUUCAACACAAAUAAAAGAAUAGCAGAGUUGUGGCCUUUCAGGUAUGGCUGGAUUAAAAUUCCGUCAUCCUUGAUCAUUGUCUUUGUUAGUUGGGAUCACAGAAAGUUGGAGUCCAGGAACAUCUGAAGAGCCACUAGUUCUCCAAAUUGUCCUAAGAAGUGCUUCAGUAGAAACACAGAAGAUAAGUGUUGUAGAUGUCUAAAACCAGCUAUCGUGUAGUCUACCAUAGAUCCAGAGGGUGAAAAAUGAGUUUUCUUUCAUUUCCCUCUCUCCCUGUAAUUUGAAAUAUGGCCAAGACAUUGGAAAUUGCUGAAACACCUGAACUAGUAUAUUGCACUGGGCUGAUAGUAAAGCUGUGCAGAUUUACUGAGAAAUAAGCUUUAUUGCUUAUUUCAACGGAUCAUCACUGUAUGGCUUAUUAUUGACGAGCAAGGUCAGAGAAAAAGCAGAGUGAACACUAGCAGCAGUGGCUAUUCCUUUGCACCUUAACAAAAGAACGAGAAGCAAAAAAAUUGCUGAGCAAAUGACAAGCAGUUUGGGAUGAGAGAUCCACCAUGGGACUUUUGAGACCAGGGUUGUCCAACCUUACCAUACAUUGGCAACUUUAAGACUUGUGGACUUCAGCUCCCAGAAUUCCCUAAACAGCAAUGCUGGCUGGGGACUUCUGGCAGUUGAAGUUCACAAGUCUUAAAUUUGCCAAGGUUGGACACUCCUCCUUUAGGCCAAGAGAAGGUUGGCAGCUGCCCAUGAUGCUGAAGAGCAACGCCAUAAAUCAGGGGUGUCAAAUUCAUAACAUCACAUGCCGUGUUGUGACAUAUUGCAACUUUUUUUGCCAUUGCUGGCAAUGGGGUAGGCGCGGUUUCGCAAUGAUGCAUCUGGCCCACAGGCCAGCAGUUUGACACCCCUGCCAUAGAUUAUAAGCCACUUAAUUGGGUUUCUUCAACCUUUUCUCGAUAAUCUUGAGAUCUACGAAUAAAUCAAUGUAGGGUUCUAGGAGCUGAAUGAUGUAGUUUGGCAGAGGAAAGGCUGAGUUCACGGACAAUGAUGCUUUGGAGGUCCAUCUCUGUUCCUUGCCACAGGCUUCCAUUCAAUGGGGUCCUUCCAGUGAAGCAAACAAAGCCCAUCCACUAAUCGUAUUCUCUUUGCUUAAGGACCAUAUUUUUCUCUGUAGAGGCCUUUGCAGUUGAUGAGUCAUCUUUACUAUCUAAGGUCCUGCACUUCUGGUGUGCUGUCAUGUUAAGCUUCCUAUCCUGGAAAUGUAGUAAUUUACAUUUUUCCCAUGUUUUUUGAAAGCCCUUUCAACAAGGUUGAUUCAUUGAUAGGACAGCUAGACAAAUCCCAUGCCGGCAGACCCUGGGGGAUGUGGGUGGAUGAGAAAGGGAGGGCAGAGUUUUUGGGUAGGGGGGAACCACUGGCUGUUUUAUAGUUAGACAAUAUUCAGAAACAACAGUGCAGUCAACUCAGCCCAGCUUUGAGAAUGGGUUGUUCAAGUAUUGCUUGGAAGAGAAAUCUAUGGAUACUGAGCACACACAAACCUGCAAAGCAAAUGGUUAAAUAAAGCAAGUUUAUAUGCCCUGUCCAGAGAUUUUUUAAAAUUGUUACUCAAAUGCCUAGGAUCUGCCCCUUUCUAUGCUAUAUAAUGUUGUUUUUUUAAAAAAAAUACUGUACAUAAAGAGAAAUAAACCUUUGUAACAAGA